AGUAUUUUACAGAUACUCUCAGCUGUUAAUAUUCUACUCUAUGUAACCAAUAUUGUUUUACUCCCAGGUUUUAUGGGGGAUUAUUCGAAAGUCAAAAACAUUAUACAUCAGGAUACACAAACGUCAGUUUUUCCUAUAUGAUUCCACCGCUGAACCUCCAUGGAAAUAGAGGGUAAAGGGAGUGGGGGGCUGGAGGGGGGGGGUACUUAGGUAUUUAUCUGCUUCAAAAUCGUGGCAGCUUCUCAUACAGACAGCAGGGAUAUCCCGUUCUCACGAUCCCACACACAUACACACACACACACACACACUCACCUUGCACAGGUGAGUUACGGGAAUAUACUGGAAGUGCAUGAGUGACAGCUGGAGAGCAAACAUUCGAGUCUGAAUCGGCUUGCUCCUCCCUUGUGGCUCCAUCGGCGGCCAAUAGCGUGGCUCUCCCGCAGAUAGACCCCAGUGCGUCUCCUUCCAGCCCCAGUCCCCGCAGAGUAAAAGUCACGUUGGAAGGAAAAGGGGAGAGAGGUGUCUACUUACAGCUGCUGUCAGAUAUCCGAUCGCAUUCGCAUGGCGAGGAGGUAACCUGAUCAAGCUGGGAGGAGUGACUUUACCACAGGGAAGGCUUGAACAAAAAAAUGUCUUCUUCUUCUGCCGGAGAAGUCACAGCAGCAAAUGACAUCAAGAGGGAAAAUGUGAAGGAGCUGAAUGAGAGGGAGAGCAUCAAGUUUGUGGCCCUGGACGCGGCGGAGUUGUCCAUGGAGCGCGCGACUCCCAGCGCAGACGCGGUGCGCACGGAGCUGCUGGUGAGCGCCGCGUCCUCUUUGGCUUUCUCCCCGGAGCAAGUGGCGUGCGUGUGCGAGGCUCUGCAGCAGGGAGGCAAUGUGGACCGGCUGGCCAGGUUCCUGUGGUCCCUGCCACAGAGCGACCUGCUCCGCGGCAACGAAAGCAUCCUGAAAGCGCAAGCCCUCGUCGCUUUCCACCAGGCGCGGUACCAGGAGCUGUACAGCAUUCUGGAGAACCACAGCUUCAGUCCGUCCAACCACACCGUCCUGCAGGAUCUGUGGUACAAGGCCCGGUACACCGAGGCGGAGAAGGCGCGGGGGAGACCCCUGGGCGCCGUGGACAAGUACCGGAUCCGGAGAAAGUACCCGCUCCCCAGGACUAUCUGGGACGGAGAGGAGACCGUGUAUUGUUUUAAGGAGAGGUCCCGGAACGCGCUGAAGGAUCUGUAUAAUCAGAAUAGGUAUCCGUCUCCGGCCGAGAAGAGAAACCUGGCCAAGAUCACUGGACUCUCCUUGACCCAGGUCAGCAACUGGUUCAAGAACAGACGGCAGAGGGACAGAAACCCGUCCGAGGCGCAAUCGAAAAGUGAAUCCGAUGGAAACCACAGCACGGAGGAUGAGUCCAGUAAAGGUCAGGAGGAGCUGUCCCCACGGCCCCUCUCCAACUCCUCCGACGGAGUGAUGCCCCAUGGGAUUCAGACGGGGCCUAUGGACACUGGGGUGGUGAUCCAGCAGAUCGGUGACAUCAAAAUGCCACCUGGAUCCAGCAGCGGUGGCCUCUACAACGGAAGUCUGGUCGCGAGCAACACGUCUUCCGCCGUGUUUCACAACGGCGGCUCGUCGUACCUCCACACGCCUGGGAACAUCCUGUUCAAUGGGCUCAAUUUGGGCAUCCAACCUUUGGCCUUUAACCCUCUGAGGCCAUCAGCAGGGGUGAUGCUGGGGGGCACAGGGAUGGACAUGCAGAUGCAGACAGGGCAGGAGAAAGGACUGGGCAGUUCUGCCGAGGACUCGAGUCUUCAUUACGCUUCCUACUCCGGCUGUGUGAACGGAUCAGAGGUGAAGCUGGAGGGGAACCACUCCAUGGCGACCCAGAACGGCUCCUCUGUGCUGACGUUCAGCUCACCAUCUGGUGCCCUGCAACUUGGCGGCUACAAUUUGGUCCACAUCCCAAGUGGAGUGACCGACAGCGAUGGCAGUUCAUUACUCAACAGUGACGUAGGGCUCCCUACAUUGCAGCUCUCAUCUGGUUCAUCUGCCUCAACAAUCCAAUCACAAGGUAACAUAGCUCUGGACAAUGUCGCGGUCAGCUCCUCCAGCAACGACUCCUUCCAGCAGCAGGAUAAGUUGACCAUGACGUCCCUGCACCACAGCACCGUCCUCUACAGCAUGAGCAACACCAACCCGGCCUCCAUCAAGAAGGAGCCUCUGGAGGGAGGCGUCUACUCCUCCUACCACCACCACGGCCUUCACAUGGACCCAAACGGUCAGAUCAGCUACGCAAACCCUAACUCGGAAGACGCGGCCUCCGGCCGAGUACCCACCUCGGCUGCGGAGGUCCCCGCCGUUUCAUCAUCCAGCCCAGAGCCGGAGGUCUACACCACCUUGACCAUUAGCACACCCCUGAUAGCCCAAACAGACACCAGAAGCCACCACCUCCAGCCCACCGAGUACAUCGGAGGACCUCCGUCUUCACAUUUGAUGGGUUCGGGCAUGAACAGCAACUACAUGAACCUUUCGGAGAACAACAAGGUGGACGUCUCGGUCUCAGGGGGCAUGAACGAGAUGGUGCGGGCGAUGUGUGGCGAGAUGGAGGCGGUAGAGGGGAAGGAACUAGCCAAACUACAGACAGUACAGAUGGACGAGGACAUGGCAGACCUUUAACCUUCACUCGGUUCCAGAAGCACUCGUGUCCUCUGAGGCAGUAGACGUACGGUGAAUCUUUUUACCUUCGUGUGAGCGUGUGUUGUUGUUGUUUUUUUCUAUUAAUUUCCUCUUAAAUGUUAAAUUAUUUGUGUUUUUUUUUGUGACUGUUAAAAUGCACUCUAGUCUGAGCUGAGAGGAGCCCUGCAGGGGGCAUGAUCAGUUUAUGAUAGAAAUAAUAAAAAAAAAACCUGUGUGAAAGGCCUUGUUAGCAAGAAGAACGAACACGAGGACUGCUUUUCUCCGAACACAAGAAGUCACUCUGAGUGACUGAGCCAUGUUCAAAUGUUCAUUUUUAUAGGCAGCACCUGCUACUUCCUGUUGAGUGGAUAUGAUCUGUGGAAGCAGGUGCUGGUAUGCUGCGGGUCAUGUGACCAGGAUGUUCCUCCAAACUAAAUGCGUCAUCUGGCUCGAACCAAAAAGGUCAUCCGACGGGGGGUGAGAGGAGGGUGAGGGGUGAGAGAGAGUCAGUAAAAAUCAUCCGUUUAUCAGCGACAGCUUUACUACAGACACACACACACACAGGAAUAAAGGCUUUAAAACACAGAAAGCUGCUGAUUUCUGGGGUAAAAAAGUGUCCUUCAGUGAGCACCUUAAACUCAGUUCACCUCUCAAGUCAGUAAAAAAAAAAACAACACACCAAAUAAACAGGUGGGAGCGAGGGUCCGGGUCGAAGAUGAAUGUGCCUUUCUUCAAAUAAACUGCGGCAUCGGUUUGUUUUGGCAUUUGCACUACCAUGAUGACACGACCGUGUGCUCGAUUCAACCGCCCUGUCGUACAUGAUGACGAUGGCGAUUCUCCGGUUUCAAGCCUCAUCGAGGCAUCGAUAUUUCACCGACGUGAAUGAGGAAGAAAAAAAAUAUUCACACUGUCAUUUCAUGUCUCAUAGAAUGUAUUCAUAUCCAUCGACGCUGUCGAAUGUCGUGUUUCAGAUUUGAUGUCUCUCCAAAUGUCGGUAAUCGUGACACGUAUUUUUCUAUGAAGUUUCGGAUGCAAACAUCUGUGGCGUGUCUCAAACCCAGACUGACUGUCCAGACGGGCCACGGGCCUCAGCCUUGCCUUGUACCCGCGUAGGGGGCAACCCUGCGGACCACCCCACUUUGGGAAGGAAGUGAGGUCAUUAGAAGACAGACCUGUGUUUUUCUCCAGUCCAGAGAGGGAGUGUGGUCGUUUCUCCUUGCAUGGCAUCGUAAGGUUUGGGAAGUUAGUGCCUUUUUUGAUUUAAGUUUUUGUGAACCUUACUUAAAGUGAGCUCAGAUGCACGUAGGUCAUAGGUCAUAGGUCGGAGUGCAGGCAGCGACAACGCAGCGUCAGAGAUUUAACACUGCUGCCACGGCUGGCACACUGGUCAGGUGUCAGCUGAAGGGGGGGGGGGGG